AAGUAUAUAUAUAUAUUAUUGCCCAAGAUAAUGCUACAAUCUCGGAGCAAAUUGGUCAGAAUGGAUGACUAUCACUUAUAGCUGUCAUACAAACUUUCUGAUGAAAAUCGAAAUAAUCUUCUUACAUCCUUUGGACUCGUGAACUAAAUGUUUUGUUUUUGUUCUUUCUAUAUUUCGCCUUGAAAACAACAAAAAUGCAGAAUGCGCGUCGUUUCAUUACCUCAUAAAGUACACAAACGAGUGACGUCUAUUUAAGAAUUUCUCUUGCAAAGAUCAUCAAAUAAAGCAAAUAAAAGCUUAUACAUAUGUAUGUUUGCACAAGUGCACCAAAAGCUGCAACCACGUAAUUUCUGCAGUUUACAUCACAAUUAGAAAAAGUCCAAAUUUCAUCGUCCAACUGAGAUUUUUUCAAUUAUACGCGACACUAGUUGCCACAGAACAAUCGCUUAGUGAAGUUGUAAUCUAUAAAGAAAUGCUUGAAUAAUACAAAAAAAACCCCAUGGCAUAACAGUAUUAAUACAAAGUACAAACAAGUGUUUUAAAAGUGAAUUUUAGAGUUUUUUUUCCAUUAAUUAAAUGGGAAUUUUUAUACUUUCCAUAUAGUAUAUAAAUGUGCAAAUGCAGGCGCUAAAAAUAGUUGCUUUUAAAUUGCUAUGCCUUGAUUGCUGGCAUUGGAAAAGUGUUCACGCAGAAAUAAAAUUAUUUAACAAAUUUUUGUGAGUCAUGAAUAAAAGCAACAAAACGAAGGGUGCAGUUUAGUGAUUUGGCUUAUUAAAUUGAGAAUAUAAUUUAUAAUAGUUAAAUACAUGAUACUCAUAUAGGUAAAUUAGAAAAAUAUACUUAAAAAUAUAUUAAUAACUUCGAAUGAUGAUAUGAAUAAAACAAAAACUUAACAACUCUUAUUAAAUAAUGUUUAAAGUGAAAGUUAAUUAUAAACUGAGUAUUAAACAAUAAAUAAUCUGUGUUAUUAAACAAUCAACAUAAAAAUGGCUGCCAUUUUACAACAUUUUAAGACGAUGCUACAGCGUUAUCCCGUUACACGGGGUAUGGUUUCAUAUAGCCUAAUUUGGCCGACAAGUUCACUUAUACAACAGACCUUCGAAGGAAGAAGAUGGCCGGACUACGAUUGGUGGCGUGCGUUACGUUUCAGUUUAUAUGGCGGGUUUUUCGUAGCGCCCACGCUUUACAGUUGGAUUAAGGUUUCCAGCGCCAUGUGGCCGCGAACAUCACUGCGCACGGCGGUUUUCAAAACAGCCGUCGAACAGAUUUCCUACACACCAGCUGCCAUGACAUGCUUUUAUUUCUUAAUGAGCCUGUUGGAAAUGAAGACCGUGGGCGAAGCGGCCGCGGAGGUGCGCAAGAAAUUCAUACCCACUUAUAAGGUGGCUAUGUCAAUUUGGCCCGUUGUUGGCAUAAUAAAUUUCUCCGUCGUACCAGAAAAGAAUCGAGUGCCUUUCAUCAGUGUUUGUAGUUUGUUAUGGACAUGUUUCCUGGCUUAUAUGAAGCAUCUGGAGCAUCAGCAUGUAGACGAAAUGGAUAAUAUAUUCACGUCGAAAGAAGCUAAGAAGUGAAGGUGUGAAUAGCUGACAUGAUUUUUUUAUAAAUUCAACGAGAUUAGUUAACUAUUUGAAAUUUGUGGUAUGUGUAAUAAUCUAUUAAGAGUAAAAAAUUUUUAAAUAAAUACAAAAAAAUUUAGAAGCAUUAAA